UGGAAAAUCAGUCGCCGUAUUGGUCCUGGACUUUUGAACGGCAUGAACACUUGUUUCUUAAACUCUGUUCUCCAGUGUCUGACUUACACUCCACCAUUGGCACAAUAUCUGUUGACUAAAAGUCAUCGAUCAACUUGCAAGAUCACUUCUUUCUGUGCUUUGUGCGCCAUGGAAGUACAUAUCAAUAGAUGUCUUUGUGAUCCCAAAAGUUUAGUCAAGGGAGCAGCAAUUCAUCCAAAAUAUUUCACUUCCAGUUUAAAAGCUCUGUCAAAGACAAUGAGACUUGGUGAACAAGAGGAUGCCAAUGAAUUUUUAAUGUUUUUGUUUGCUGCUUUCCAAAAGUCAUCAACAUAUGGUCUUGGUAAGCUAGAUCCCAAAGUAGAAGAAUCGACCAUGAUCCAUCAAAUCUUCGGAGGCCGAAUGCAAUCUCAGCUUCGAUGUUACAACUGUAAAGCAACAUCAAGUAACUUUGAAGCCUUCCUUGAUCUCAGUAUUGAUCUCCACAAGGCCGACACAAUAGAACAGGCACUUCAGAAUUUUAUCAAAGUAGACAUCAUCGGAGGAGGAAAGGAUUCGGAAAACAAGUACAUGUGCAGCUCCUGUAAACAGCGUGUAACUGCUGGAAAACAAAUGACACUUUGCGAGUUACCAAUGAUGUUGAAUAUACAUCUCAAGCGUUUUACAUUUGAUAUGCAACGAGGAUACAUGCGAAAGGUGACAACUGAUGUAAAAUACCCCGAGGUCCUGGAUAUGGCUCCCUACGUCAGCAAAGAGAAGCAUUGUCAAAAGGCCAUCUAUCGUCUCUAUGCAGUCUUGGUUCAUUUUGGUGGCGGAUGUAGCUCUGGUCAUUAUUACGCUUAUGUAAAAAGUCCCGAAGGAAAAUGGUAUAGAAUGGAUGACGAA